UUUGUUUACAUAACACCAUCAUAACACAGAAACUUAAUUUUGUAUAAUAUAUGUAAAUAUAAUGAUUUGAGAAUUUGUUUAGUGGUUGAAGUAACGGGCAAAUUUUUAAUAACGAUUGUACUUAACAAUGAAUUGUUUCAAGAGAUAAUUCAAAUAAUAAACUGUAGAAAUCUAGAAGGCGUUAAAAAUAAUCAGCUUAAAUUCCCUAGGUAAUUCAUGGGUAAUUCUAGGGACUUUAAAAAUCAGCUGACCCUGAGUUUCGGUGCUCAGCUGUUUUUUGUUUAUGUUCGGUAUAUUUUGUUUUUUUGUUGUGGACUGGCAAAUUUGAGUGUUAUUUGUUAUUAUAAAACAACUACAUUGUUUUAAGUUAUUUUAAUGUGGUUAUUAUGGAUUUACAAUGCUUAAAUACUAUCGAUUGUAAUCAAGGAGCUGUAAGAGCGGUACGGUUUAAUGUUGAUGGUUCAUACUGUUUAACAUGUGGCUCAGAUAAAAAAAUUAAGCUAUGGAACCCUUACAAAAAGUUAUUGCUCAAAACUUAUGGAGGACAUGGAAACGAGGUAUUAGAUACCUGUGGAUCUUGCGAUAGUAGUCAAAUAGUUUCAUGCUCAUCUGAUAAAUCAGUAAUAGUUUGGGAUGUAUCUACUGGCCAGCCUUUAAGGAGACUAAGAAGUCAUGCGGCGAGUGUAACCUGUGUCAAGUUUAAUGAAGAAUCUACUAUGGCUAUAUCUGGGAGCAUAGAUAAUACUGUAAUGUGUUGGGACACUAGAUCUAGGGCCCAAGUCCCCUUUCAAGUAAUGAAAGAAGCAAAAGAUAGUAUAACUUCUUUAAAGGUAACCGAUCAUGAAAUUCUAACUGGCUCUGUAGAUUGCUCAGUUCGAAGGUAUGAUUUACGUAAUGCCAGAUGCGAUGCAGAUUUUGUUGGAGCUGCAAUUACAUCUGUCAGUUUAUCACAUGAUGGGCAAUGUGUUUUAGUAAAUUCAUCAGAUAAUAUAGCUCGAUUACUAGACAAAAGCAGUGGAGAGUUAUUAGGAGAAUUUACAGGCCACAAAAUCGAUAAUAUGAAUAUUGAAAGUGAUAUUUUAAAUGACGAUAACUGUGUUGUGUCGGGUUCAAAAACUGGGGAAUUAUGGUGUUGGGAUUUGGUAUCUGCAGAAGUUAAACAUAAACUUAUACACACGCCUGGCAAGGUGUUAAAUUCAUUAAGUGUACAUCCGAGAAAGGAUAUUAUUUUAACUGCGUCAGUUAUGACUAUUAAAGUUUGGGGUGAAUCUAUGGAGACUGUUGAAGACAGUGAAUCAAAAUGAUUAUAAAAACAAUGUUGAGGGUGGAUAGUACUAGCAGCUGACUUUAAAUAAACUAAAAGAACUGAACUGUUUGCAUUAAAUUAUGCCACCAUUUAUUAAAUAGGUAUCUAUGACAUCUAUAUUUUGACCAAUUAUACUACAAACAAUAAAAAACUUUUAUUUGUUUUUUUUCUUGUUUAAUGUAGAUAUUUUGGUACCGAAAUAAAAAUUGAACAUUACAGUUCAGUUACAAUAGAAAUCUCCUUUCCGUUACAGCAUAGAUAAAUGAAACAAGUUUAGAUUCGAAAGUGCCCAUAAGGACAAUGUUAAUAUUAUUUGGCGCUAUUUUUGCGGUCGCGACCCAAAGCUUUUGAUAAUUUCGGAU